AUGCCUUCGUGUGCAACAAGGAAGAGACAGAAGGUGGAACGGUGGAGAUCGGAGAAACUCAGGAAACAACAGGAAUUAAGGCAGAAAAGAGGACAAUUGAAACAGACAGUUGUCUCUGAGGUACCCCUUACUGAACAGGAGAGGAAGCUGUUGGAAAAGGGACUUACGUUCGUGAUAGGCCCUCCGGCGCGUAAGAAGAGAGAAGAUGCGAUAGAGGAUCUGUGUAACAACUUGGAAACUAGUAUCAACCAAGUUUGGAGCAACCUCCGGCCGGAGCAAGGUAAGUCACAGGGAGCAAUUAAAAGAACUAAACUCUCCCUCUCUUUUAGGUACCUCCACCCCAGCAAACCAGUCCAGUGCCCAAACUACAACCUAGUAGGCCUUAAACCGGUAAUCCAGCAAAUGAAGGUCGACCUCAAGCGUGGUGCGGAACGACGACGCAACUGCAACCUCACAAGGGAGGAGAGGGACGCCCUAUCAACGCUGAAAGGACGCGCGGAUAUUGUGAUAAAGCCGGCGGACAAUGGAGGUACUGUCGUCGCCUGGAGAAAGGACAACUACAGGAACGAGAUGAAGAGGCACCUGGCAGACACUGCGGCCUACAAACAGAUACACAUCCAGGAUGAGGCGCUUAGAAACGCCCAAACGAGGAGUAAACGGAUAGUCCUCAAGCUGUUCGAAAACAAGACUGGGGACGGGAAAGGAGGACUCAUGCAGGCAGGGGCGAGAGAUUUCUUCCUAGCCUUUGAAUCCAUCAUUCCCCACCUCUACCUUUUACCAAAGAUCCAUAAAGCACUAGAAGAAACAACAGGAACGUGGCAAGGGAGACCGGUUCUAAGCGGCUGCCGGGCCCCAACAAGGCCGGUAGACUGGAUCUGCACAGCUCUCCUGAACCCCUUACUACGCCUACUACCGGAAAGAAUCAAAGAUACGACGGAUUUCCUCAAGAAAAUUGCAGAAAUUAGAGGCCCCGUCCCGCGAUGGGCCCGCCUUUUUUCCAUGGAUGUGGUAUCGCUCUACCCGGGCAUACCACAGAGAGAAGCUGCAAAGGUAGUAGCAUCUUUUUUUACAGAUAACAGAGCAAAAAUUAGACAGGAACUUCAAGACGCAGGAGUAUGGAGGACCCCCUCGAAAGAAACUCUUGAAGAGGCCAUCUUCCAUGUGAUGAGAAACACCCUUUUGCAAUUUGAAAGACGGGCAUACCGGCAAACCAACGGUACAGCGAUACGAGCAUCCAGUAGUGUGGCAAUCGCUGAAAUAUUUGUGCAUGUAGUGUUCGAGAGGAAACGAUCCCACAAGAAGGACGGACCGGCGGUAUAUUUCCGUUACAUAGAUGACAUCUUCGGAAUAAUGGAGGACCAUUUCCCGCGCCUAGAAGGUUUCUUUUCAUGGUCAUAUACAGUUCAUGAAAACCUUAAGUUUACCCUCGGGCACAGUGACUCCACGAUUAAUUUCCUAGAUGCAACAGUGUAUAUAGACCAGCUAACAAGGGAUCUGCAUACGAAGGCAUACUAUAAACCGACUAACCUUCAUACGUAUCUGAAAUUUGACUCGAGCCACCCACUAGCCUUGAAGAAAUCGCUACCCUACUCACUUGGACUCGGACUCAAGAGGAUUAACAGCAAAGAAGAGACGCUAUAUCCCCAGCUUGAUGACCUAUCGGAUAUGUUUAGGAACAGAGACUACCCAGAGACAAUAAUACAUGCGGCCCAGGAGACACUCAGAGAAAAAACAAGGGCAGAGCUACUCAGACCUAGAACACAAGAAGUAGAAGACAAGAGAGGGAUUCUUCCAACCCUUUUCUUCCCCGGCCUUGCAGCACAGCUUAAGAUAAAACUCCAGGAAGUAUGGACAUGGAUGAGGGAAACGUACAGUGAACAUCCAUCCUGGGUAAAAUUCCCACAAAACCCUCCCAUGAUCGCGUGGAGGCAAGGUAAGUCUAUAAAGGACUACCUUGUUAGAGCAGCUGUGGAGGUAGAUCAUCUCAACCGAACUGGGGGAGAGGACCAGCCCCAGGUUACAGUUCAAAGAAAUGAAACUUACAGACCCUAA